AUGUCACACGUCGAAGAUGAAGAAUCUGAAAAUGGCAGCGGACAUACAAACGACAUAGGGGCAAACAAACUUGUUAAAUCUGUCGCGAAAGCAAGCUCGAGAAAUAUCAUCAACGAAGAAACCCAAAUAACAAACUCUACAUUGGAUAACGCGGAAUCUACACUUAAUCCCGAAACAGAUAAAAAAAAUGAGAAACAUUCCGAUACGAAAUCACGAGAUAAAGAUGCGUGCAUUGUCUCCAGCGAUAUUUGCAGAAUCUGUCAUAUGGGAGGAUAUACUCCAAUCGCGGAAAAUCAUUCGUCGUGCGAUUUGCAAAGUCAGACUGAUCGGACAUCGUCAAACUUGACCCAUCUCGGUCCUUUGAUCUCGGCCUGCAAAUGCCGAGGUACAGUGGCUCUGGUGCAUACCGAGUGCCUCGAGAGAUGGCUGACCGAAUCCGGUCGCGCGAGAUGCGAGCUUUGCGGCUACAGGUACGCGACCAAGAGGGUACGUCGUUACAGCCUUUUUCGAAGCGUCGUAAUAUGGUUCCAUACCGUAAUAGCCACUCGACAGAUGUUACUCGAUAUCGGGUACUUGGCAAUGACCACGCCUGUGGCUACGUUUUCCUGCUACGUAUGCGUCUUGGCCUUGAAGACAUUGCUGCGAAACGGCUUUUACGAGAUACCGUGGAUGAUAGUCGCCAUGUUACCAACCUGCUUAUUGACGCUGAUAGCUUAUUGGCGAUGGAUAAUUACGUUAGGGAGAUUACACGGUCAUCGAUGGAGACGCUAUUGGAGAAGUAACUUUGUGAUUCGUUUGAUUCCUGAUAAUAACGUCGAGGACAGUUUCGAUCUGCGAGAACAAUCGAGCGAUCAUUUCGACGCGGAGGAUUUCGAAUGGAGGAUCGAGGAGAUCGAAGAGUUUGCGUGACUUUUGCGUACUCGACCGCGCAAUCGACGCGCAAUCGUCACGGUUAAUUGCGACAAUCGUUUUCUAUUUCUAUUUCUAUUCGCGUCUCUUUGUCGGAACCUUCAUACAGCUGCAUGAUAUUUAAUUGCAUUUUAUUAA